GUGUAUUAACUUGCGUCGAUUUGUGUCUUCUAAAACGAAAGCAGCCAGGUUUACAUCUCCACUAAAUGAGGUUCGAAUCUCGGCUAAGUGCGAGAUGACAUGAUAAAAAUCAAUAUUAAAUAUUUCUCGUCGUUAAAAAAAACGUUGGAGAAAAAUUGAUCUGCGAGUUGUGCGCGAGUUGUGCGCUCAUCAAAUGAUAAGCAAUGAUGAUCGAGUGAUGAGUGCCAACACUGCCAACCUAAAUCCAAAUCUAACGUUUAUGCAUGCAUGCAGCAUGAGUAAAGUGGAGUAAAGGUUAGGUUCAAGACGAUCGGCGAUGGUAUUUAUUGUCGAUGAUAUUUUUACGACCGUUCUCAGUAGUAAACGAGAAGACGUGAUCUUGGAAACGAAAGGUUCUCUAGGAGGAAUUGAGAGGAAUAAACGCGCGACGAGGAAGGAAUGAUCAUAACUCGUCCGGUUAUGUUUCGAUCUGUGUUCACGUUGAGUUCGCGCAGUGUAUCGGUAAGCCGGCAACAUCAGCAGCAUGUGUACUGUGUGCAGGCGACUCCUUCUCGACAAGCGAAAAUAAAGAGGACUGCAAUGAGAAAGAUGAAUAAAACCAAACUGUUGCAGCUGCUAUCUCGGUUGUGGAAUGGUUCCAAUGGCAUACUCGCUGGUAAGCAUGCCGAACAGAAAAUGAUAUCCAUUUUGAGGAACAGAUUCCCACAAGCUCAACUGAUUGAAGUUACAGAUGUAUCAGGAGGAUGCGGUGCCAUGUUUGACAUAAAUGUUGUUGCCCCAGAAUUCAAGGGACUGAAUACCAUGAAGCAACAUCGAAUUAUUAAUGAGGUCCUUAAGGAAGAGAUCAAAGACAUGCAUGGCCUUCGAAUACGUACGAGUAUCCCGCAGGCGUAAAUUUUAUUUUUCGGACAAUUGUUAAAUUAAUUUUAUAGAGGAAAUAUGUCAAUACACUUAUUUUAAUGAAUCUAACGAUGGACAUCCGAUUCUCUCUUUCUAAAGUUUUCAAGGGAUUUUCUCAGGAUUUUCGAAACUGUCUUAAUCUUGAAUAAUUUAGAAACAAUUCUAGAUUUUCUUUCCAUAUUUAAAAUAAUUUGUUGUAAAAGGAGUCCAUUAUUGGAACUCUAUAUUUAAGAUCUGGAGAUCAUGCGCAUGUUAUAUAUAUUUUAUAAGUUGUAAAUCUAAACACUGAUAUAUAAGUUAUAAAAAGAGAUUUAUAAAAAAUACAAGUGAAAUAAGAGUAAUAUUUUAAUAAUUAA